UUACGUGGACGGGGAAGUAGUUUUUUGGGGGGCUUCGUGCAGCUCCGCGGCGGAGGGAUCUGUGUUGUGCUCAGGCCGAGCUGAAUGAGAUUGAACAAGAGUUCUUGUUUUGUAGCUUCAGUUUGUGUCUUUUUACACUAAUUUGCUUAAACUACGUACAAAAUUGCACAACUAAGUGAAGGUACAUGGGAAGGAGCGAGUGGGACUCUUUAUGGGCUCUUCUUCCAUCGUGGAUCGUCUUCUUGGAGAUAUAUAUUUAAUUAAUCUGGAGGAGGACUGCUGCUGAGGCAGGGCAGCACAGAGGGGUGGAGUCCAGUCCCACAGCCGGGUGCGGCACGUUCAUGCUUCAGUUGGAUGGUUUUCCCACCGGAGACGGCGCUCAGGCUGAUCGAUCAGCUGAAAGACUGACUGCAUCAAUGAUGGAAUUACAGACAUUACAGGAGGCGCUGAAGGUGGAGAUCCAGAUCCAUCAGAAACUGGUGGCCCAGAUGAAGCAGGACCCUCAGAACGCGGAUCUGAAGAAGCAGCUUCAUGAGCUUCAAGCAAAGAUCACUGCGCUGAGUGAGAAACAGAAAAAGGUGGUGGAGCAGUUGAGGAAGGAGCUGCUGGUCAAGCAGGAACCAGAAGCCAAAGUGCAGCUGCAGGUACACACGCCUCCUGUAGGGGGUGAUGUGAAGCCCACCAACCUGCUGCAGACCCAGCAGAUUCCUGGAGGACUACAGCAGACGCUGACAGUCACCCCGGUCCUCACCGCCAAGACGCUACCUCUCGUGCUGAAAGCUGCGACCACGCCCACGCUGCCCGGCUCAGUCUUGCCGCAGCGCCCGGCCACCGUCAUGGUAACCACCGCCAUCUCCAAACCGGACUCCCACAAUGCCCCUGUCAAUCUACAGGUGGCGGGCAAGCUGAGUGCUCACACCUCAGAACCUGUGAGGCUUGUGUCCAAGAAUGCCAUGCUGCUGCAGGCCGCCAACGUCCAGCCAAUCAAAGUCCCCCAGUUUGUCCCUCCUCCUAGACUGAUGACGCUACCCGCCUUUCAGCCGCAGCAGGUCAGGCCAAAGCCCACCUUGCCUGCCAACGUCCCCAUCGCCCCAGCUCCGCCGCCGCCCAUGAUGGCGGCCCCCCAGCUGCUCCAGAGGCCCGUCAUGUUAGCCACCAAGCUGUCGCCUUCCUUGUCGUCCGUGGCUCCCAUUCACCAGGUCCGCAUCGUAAACGGGCAGCCGUGCGUCAAGACGGGCACCACACCUCUGACGGGCAUCGUCAUCACCACGCCUGUGUCUACAACGGCUGCCUGCCUCGCCAGCCCGGCCCAGGCACAGGACCCAGCCUCGGUCCCAACCUUGACCCCAAGCCAGCCCAUCCAGAUCAGCAGCGUGGCCUCUGAUCUCAAGACUGUUAAAUCAGGGGGCGGUGCCGAGCACAAGAUGGCGGUCACCCUCCCCUCAUUUUCUACUCCUCCCUUGUCUCCGCCUCCCAGACCCAGGAAGGAGGAGAGUCCAGAGAAACUGGCCUUCAUGGUCUCCUUGGGCCUUGUAACAUAUGACCACUUGGAAGAAAUUCAGAGCAAAAGGCAGGAGAGGAAGAGGAGAACGACUGCUAAUCCAGUCUACAGUGGUGCCGUGUUUGAGCCUGAGAGGAAAAAGAGCGCUGUGAGUUACCUGAACAGCCCUCUGCACCAGGGGACUCGAAAGAGAGGUCGCCCACCCAAAUACGGCGGCGUCCCGGAGCUGGGCUGCCUCACCCCGACCUCCCCCAUCAGCCCCGUACACCCCCUCCCUCUGCCCAGCCCCAGCUCUGGGGAUGGAGACAUCCAUGAGGACUUCUGCACUGUGUGCAGACGCAGUGGCCAGUUGCUCAUGUGCGACACGUGUUCUCGUGUCUAUCACCUGGACUGCCUGGACCCACCCCUGAAAAGCAUUCCUAAAGGCAUGUGGAUCUGUCCAAAAUGCCAAGACCAGAUCCUCAAGAAAGAAGAAGCCAUUCCCUGGCCCGGAACGCUGGCCAUCGUCCACUCUUACAUCGCCUACAAAGAAGCGAAAGAAGAAGAGAAGCAGAAGCUCAUCAAGUGGAGUGCCGAACUGAGGCUGGAGCGUGAGCAGUUGGAGCAGCGAGUCAAGCAGCUCAGCAACUCCAUCACGAAAUGCAUGGAGACCAAGAACAGCAUCCUGGCUCGGCAGAAGGAGAUGCAGCUGUCUCUGGACAAGGUCAAACAUCUGGUCCGCCUCAUCCAGGCCUUCAACUUCAACCAGACUGUGGGCGAUGGCAGGGACUUCAGAGUCCAGGACGCCGCUGCACUGCCCAAAGCCAACUCGGAGGUGAAGGGUGAAGGCGGCGACAAGAGUCAGAGCAACACAGCUGAAGAGCAGGCAGUGGCGGCAGGGAAUGAGCUGACCUUAGGAGGCCCCGACCAUCAGGGCGCCGUUGUACGCCCCACAGAUAACAUUCCUGCUGGAGGUGCAGGGGGAGGAGCAAAGACAGAGACUGGUGUCCAGGCUGAAGGCGGGGCCAAGGCUGAGACCGAAGUGUCUCCACAGGCUGACGUUGGCCCUUCUUCUGAGGUACCGGCGCCUGCCGCCACUGCUGCCACCACCACUACCACCACCAACGGUAUGGCCGUGCUGCCGUGCCCUGCCCCCACCGCCGACGCAACAGCCAACUCUGAGAACAAGAUGGCUGCCGUCAGCCCUCCGCAGGCGGCAGCGCAGGACAAACAGGACAUCAGCGACAGCAACAACAUCAAAACCUCAGAACCCUCUCAGCAUUCUGUGCCAGCGCUCGGCGGCGAGUAACACCCGCUUGCCGCCAUUUCCAACUUGGAGUACGAUUUAAGAAAAAAAAAAAAGUUGCCAAUCUGUGUUAAUGUUGUUUGUUUGCGUCGUAUUGUCAGACUGUGUCAAUGGUAGAUAGCGGCCUGGUCACAUGAUGACCGCCGUGGUGGCCAGUUAGCGAUAGACGUCGUCAUGGGAACGCUCGAAGGGAGACCGAAUCCAUCUCACCAGUGUGUGCCUGUCCCAGUGGUCCCGGUGGGUAGGGUGGGGCCACACAUUGCUCCUCCCAACCCACCGAAUAUUUGGCUUGCGCCUACACUGAAGACUGUACUGUUGCCUAGCAACCAAUAGCAGUAGGCAACCCCCACCCGUCUGUCCAGCAAAAAGCCCCCGUCACCUUUAACCCCCACGGUUAAAGUUCUUCAAACAAAGAAGUCGAGUCACCGAGUCGUGAGACAAGUUCACCACACAGCAGGGGGCGUGUCCUCCGCGCCAUCAAAAUAAUCAUAUGAAUCCCUUACAUCUUGUCAGCGCUCCGCCCCCUGCUACAGCCACGCCCCCUUCACCCUGCAGUGGACGGUAGAUGCCAACAAGUGUCCCACUGUUUAUUGACUUCUCUGUUUGAAGCAUCUUAACCACGGGGGGAGGGCGGCCCCUCCCUCACCGCACUCGGGUCAACCGGGUUCAGGCUGUAGCCCCGCCCACUAAGGCAGGCGUGGAGGAGACGGAGCCAGAGCGGCGUUGUUGUUGUGAGUCUUCAUUUUGUGUGUCCGUGUGAGCACUAAAUGUGACGUGCUUUGUUUUUUUCUAGGACAACAUAUUCAGGUCUUCCUGGUGUUGGGAAUAAGUGCUUUGUGUUCCUGUCCACCGCCAUCGUCAACUGCCAAAAGCAUCCAAACACGCCAGGGGGCGGAGCCAAAAUUCCACGCGUGGUAACAAAACAAAAAAAGCACAAGUUAGCGGAGGAUUUUUUUUGUAUUUUCUUUGAUGUGACGUGACUCCUCCCACUUUUGGAGGACGCACAAGCCUCCGGCCCAGUAGGUGGCACCGCUCACUUUCUGCUCCUUCAUUCAUGGUGCCUCGUUUUUUUUUUUGUUGUUUUGUUUUUUGUUUUUUUUUUGUCGUGGGGGGUUCAAAACGGAGCCGCCAGCAGCUGGAGGCGCAGCUUCUGUUUCCAUUAAUGACUGUGGCGCUCUGGUCAAGGUCAAUGUCAGCGUUCAUAUCACAUGACUCGUGUCAGCCAGUUAGCAUAUCCUGCCGUUUGCUUGCCAUGUGGUCACCCCUUCCCCCCCAGUAGGUACCUCGAGUGCCUUCUGUCUGUUGACUUGCACUGUGACUAAUAGGCCCCGCCCCCUCCACAUUUGUCCUGCCCCUUUUUCAUCUCAUUUGCCGGUCAGUGUUUAGCAGCUGCCUUAAAUGUUUUUUUUUGUUUUGUUUUUUAAACCUGAUCAUCUUCUGCGAGGUCGUCAUGACGGUGACGAAGCCGCCUAUGGUUUUGCGAUGCACUUUUUUUAUUUAAGCAGUAUUAUAAGGAAACAACAAACGUCACCCCUGGGGGGGGUCCACUCGAGUCAACAGGUCACACACAUAGCAACAAGUCAUGGCAUGCCUUCUUAUGCAAAUUUUAUACACUAGUUAAUUAUGCAUUGACUUUUUUUGUUUUUUUUUUUACUUUUUUUAAACAUCAUUUUUGGUUUCAAGUGGGCGGAGCCAGUGUGUUUGAACGACAUCUUAGUGGGCGGAGUGAGGAAAACAAUAGGGUACAUUUUAUCCAAAGAACGUGUGGAAGGAUCAUUGGAGGGAAUUCCUGUGUGUCCGCUUGGAAGCAUCCAGUCAUGACUGUGGCCUUCUAAUGUUGUCCUUACAUCAAAGGCAAGUCCCCCUCCUCAGCGACCAUCCACCCCCAUCGAUUUUUAUUUUUAUCUUCCAUGUGCUCAGACGCAUUGUAGCGCUCCGGAUAAAGAACAAAGUGUACAUUGGGUAAUCUUUGUAUAAUUGUUUGUAUUUUUUCAUAAUGAUUUUUGGAAAGGAAUGUGUUUAUUUUUUUGGACUUGUGUUCCACACGUGUCUUCUGUUGGCCAUGUUGGUGGGAUUCCUAUACCUCUGUAUUGAGCCUCCUCCUCCUCCUCCUCCUCCUCCUCGUGAUGAUGACGAUGAUGCAGUGUUUCACUAAAUACUGUUGCUCGGUAAAGGAUGGCACCAGCCGCCGCUAGGAGCAUUUGAUCAAUUUCUAUUUAUUUAUUUUAUCAGUUUGCUAAUAAAUCCUCAAAAGCACCGCUCUCCUCUUUUUAGUUUUUUGUGACCAGAAAGGACAGAACUGGUACAAGAGUGCAUGGCGAGGGGUGGGGUUAGGCUUUUCAUUGACAUUUUGUUACGUGUUUUCUAGCGAGACCACACCCGAUGCUGAUUUACCUUUUAGUUCCUUCAUGCAGAACAUGUGCUGUGUGUAGAACACCGCAAGGCACGCAGGUGUGUUCUUGGCAAGCGCACAAGGAGUUAUAUUGCUGACGUGAGGCAUAAAGCACAAAGUCGGCUUGAGAGAGCAAAGAGUAAGACAGGUAAUCUUGACACCAUGCUCAUUGCCACCGUGAUAGACAGAAGGCGGUCCCUGGUGGUGUAAUGGUACAGCUGCUGCGGCGGUUACGAUCCCGGCCAUGGUUUUAUUCUGUUAAGUUACACAUAAAUUUUUUUUUAACGAUGUAUUCAUAUUACUCUGAAACCUGCAUCUAACGAAAUUCAGGUUCAAGUCAAACGGUAUAAAAAUAGCUUGUAGUGGGUCAGUUAGGUGGUAGAGAUGUGAUGACCACAGAUGCCCAUGGGGGCAAAAAUGUGUGUUUUUUUUUUUUUUUUCCCAUGAGACCCAGAAUUCCUGGCAGUGCCCUGAUUGGUGAUAACUUAGUCUUAGUUUGGCCCCAUUGACAAUGACUGUGGCGGGUAGGGUCAUGACAUGUCACUUGUCAUGACAAGUGUCAUUGGUCAAAACAUUCCUCCAGGGAGGGCGUGUAGCAUAUUUCAGGCCAGUUGUCAAUUGGACCCCACUUUGGUAGUUACAAUGUCACCUGUGAACAUUUGUAAAGGAGUGGUUUUUAGUUUUCUUUUUCCUCCCACACCUAAAGCUGAAUGACAGCUCCUGAGUUAGAGUCCCUAAAUUUUAAUUUUUAUUUUGCAAUACCACCUGUGACCACAGUGCUAAAGGUGAGUGUGUUAGUGGAAGUAGGUUUACAGAACGCGACAAGUUUAGGCCAAACCCUGAUCUUGGUGAAACUUGAGUCUUGCGUUACACUGAAAACUGUUUAAAACUAGAAA